UUUGCCACUGAAUUUGUCUCCUCUCUUUGCUUUAACGGCACCGACGAGAAGUUGCUGGUGAAUGAGCAGGUUCCCGCAGAAGCAUCCAGCGAAGAAGACGGCGCUGACGGAAAAGGAAGCCCAUCUUGUGAUGAGGGAAAUCCAGGCGAGCCCGUGGCAGCGCUGGUCACCGUUAGCAACGCUCAGGUACUGCAUUCUGGAUUAGUUCAUCAGGUUCAAACUGAUCUGUUUCUAAUGAAGAUGGGCAGUCGAUUCAUUGAGCUUUUCCCAGGGGUCAGGUGGCUCAGCUUGACGGAGAUUGUGGAGGAGUUUGAGAAACUCAUGAUUCAGCAGAUUGACUUGCAUUAUGAAGCAAGGAACCUGGAAUGCUUCCAUCUUAACUUCCAAGGUGUGGAUUAUGUGAAGUUCCCUGUUCCUCUUCGCCCUUUUGUGACAAGAAACAUCCUCGUGGAAACCUUUGAGGAGAGCAAGCCUAUAUCUCAGUACCUGCAUACAGAGGCCGCAAUGGAACUACGUCAGAAAUUAGCCAAGAUGGGCGUGGAUAUGCUUCUAAAGAUGGUGUUUGUUGAUAACUUUGUCCAUGCUGAUCUGCACCCUGGGAAUAUCCUGGUCCAGGGAGCAGACCUCUUCACUGACCACCUUGAGGAGCAGACUGCCAUUGUGGACCUGCUGGACACUCUCAUUCUAGAAGUGCAGCCUUCUCGUCCCCCCCUCCAGAUGGUCCUUCUGGAUGCAGGAAUCAUAGCAGAGUUGCAGGGUCCUGAUCUUGAGAACUUCAGGGCAGUCUUCACUGCUGUAGUAUUAGGACAGGGGGAGAGAGUGGCAGAGUUAAUCCUUCAUCACUCCAGAGCCAACCGGUGCAAGGAUGUGGAAAGAUUCAAAGCUGACAUGGCGGAGCUGGUGACAAAGGCUAGGAACAGUACUAUAGCUUUGGGAAAGCUCCAAGUAGCAAGCCUGCUGUCCAGCGUUUUCAAGUUAGUUAUGACCCACCAGGUAAAGCUGGAGAGCAACUUUGCCUCUGUCGUCUUUGCCAUUAUGGUUUUGGAAGGCCUUGGUCGAUCAUUGGACCCUGAACUGGAUAUCUUACAGGCAGCUAAACCAUUUCUGAUCAAACCUCCAAGUUCCCUCCUGGAGUAGCGAUAGAUGCUGGUUAGACUGGCCUUUUGAGGCUUUUUCAUUAAGGAACUGCCCAUUUGUUACCUUUUGGGUGGUUUCCAACGUCUACACCUGCUCUUGACUGUGAACUGCUAUUCUGUUUAUUCAUAUCAACAGGUAGUGUUCAGGUGCUAAAACUUUCCAUUUGGAUUGUGACAAUUGAUAUAUAUUCAGUUUAGGGCAUGAAUGGGAAACCUGGGGCCUUCCAGAUGUUGUUGGAGUACAAUUGUUAUCCCUGACCAUUGGCUAUGCAUGCCUGGGGCUGAUGGGAGUUAGAGUCCUAAACAUAUUGAGGGUCACGGGUUUUUCACCUCUGCUUUAGGAACUGCUGUUCUCCUGCAUUUUAAAGGAAUGUCUUCAGCCCCAAUACCUGUACCAGCAACCUGCUCUGAUAUAAUUGGGAAUUAUAACAUUGAUUGUGUUGGGAUUCCUAUCAAGUCAUCUCUAGAUAGAAGAACUUACCGAAGCACUCCCCCAUAUUGCUAGUUUAAGGAAAUCACACCCAGUUUAGAGCCUCAUAAUUUGUUCCAUUCCUUUUCCAAGCUACAGAAAGACAAUGGCAGCUUAUACAUCAAAUUACAUUUUCAGAAUGAAAAGCAAGCCCUCUUCAUUUAAUAUUGGUACGGUGCAUGAUAGGCACAAUUUUCUCAUCUUUUCCUUAAGCUGUCUAAAAAGCAAUGGGAACAUGUCAUGUUUGAAAUUUCAAGUUGGUACUCUUAAUUGCUAAACCCUUGCUUGUCUCCAUGUGGGUACCUAAAACAUUUGUUUUUACACUGAUAUUGGGGAAGUCGGAUUUAUUAAUAAACGGUUUGAAAUGGGGAGAGGCCCUUUGUGUGGUUUGGAACUGGCUAGAUGAAGAUGGCUGCAGUUUCCCUGCUGCUUUUCUACGAGAUACUCUUUGUUAUGAGGAACAUGUUGGGGGCCUCACAAAUAGAGGUGUACCAUAGAGAGGGGAGUCUGAAAAUGGUUGUGGAACUUGAGCUUGAUACUUUGGACUAUUUCUCCAUAGACCUGUUGUAGAAACUCUCCUGUGCCUAUGCCAUCUGGCCUACAGGCACAGCAUUAGAGGUUGGUAUCCUUGGGCAGCUGCUGAGGCACCAAAGCCCUGGGAGGGCUUACCACUGACAGACCCCCUUACUGGCAACAGGGCAGCCAUCCUUUCUCUAGAAAGCAGUGGCAUUGAACACCUUAGCACUAUCUCUCUUCUGCCUCUGUCUGAAUGAUGAUGAGCUCCUGUUGCCACAAGUGGCAGCGUGGCUAAUGAGACUUUAUAGUUCAAAGAACCUCUGUGAAUUCUGCUCAGAAACACCCUGGCCUGGACAUUAUCAUAUGUAUUUAGUUUUAUUUAUUCAACAGGAUUUAUAUACUGCUUAAUCAUGAAAAACCUCUAAGUGGUUUGCAUAAAAUAUAGAAUAUACAUUAAUGUUACUGAUAAAAUCAGAUGUUAAAAAGAAAGCCUAUUUUUUCAAAAUAAAACCAGUU